AUGGGUUGCGGGGCCAGCGUGGUGGCUGAGCCCAAGGGGGGCCUGCCGCUGCCAUGCUGCCACAUUGACGACAUGGGCAAGGUCUUAGCGCAAGGUGCUUCGCAGGAAAGCCUGGAUUGGACCGAGGGAAGCAUAAAUCAUUCGAGGUCCACAAAAAGCACCAUGGCAGACAGCCCCGCCAUUGACGGCAGUAUCUUCGCGAGCGAGGCAGACAGCUUCGGUGCCGAGACCUCGGGGCCUGAUCUCGCCAAUAGCAAGCUCCACGCCAACCUUCGGAAGUGGGCGCAAACCUUCGAGCGCGAGUGCGGGCCGGAGGACUUCCCGCGCCUGGCGAGGCUCCUGAUCCGAAAGCAAGUCCGGCCCGCGAACGCGCGAAACACCGAGCUGGAAAUCGGCCGCACGCAGACGGCGGAGGAAGAGUCCACUGGAACCAACUCCCUAGGCUCCCGGCGCCUCACGGAGCCGGCGCUCGCGGAGGUGCGCUUCGACGCGGCCCGGGUCAUCGGCAGCCAGCAGAUGCAGGCGGCUCUUUGGCGCAGCUGGAGCAAGGACCUCAAGGGCAAGGAGCGGCGUUUUGCGGAGCUUGGGAGCGAUUGGGAACUUGGGAACUGA